UGAAAGAACAGCACCAAGAAGCAAUUAGCUAGACAAAGGCAGAGAGAGGAACGAAAGUGCCUGCUGGAGAGUUUUAUAAAACAUUCAUUCUUGGAGAGUGCUGGUAGCACUGAAGCAUGUUUAGGAAGCCUCCCGGACCGGUAGUCUGUAAUGGCAGCUACCUGCAGGAGCAGUCUAAUGGCAAGUUGCCCUCCAAGUGCAACACCAAGGCAGCCGAGGGAGACAAAGUGGUUUUGAAGAAGAAAGUAACUUUACUGAGAGGAAUUUCUAUUAUAAUUGGCACUAUCAUUGGAGCAGGAAUCUUCAUCUCUCCCAAAGGAAUCCUCCAGAACACAGGCAGCGUGGGAAUGUCCUUGACUGUCUGGACUUUCUGUGGCAUCCUUUCACUCUUUGGUGCGCUCUGUUAUGCUGAACUGGGCACAAGUAUAAAGAAAUCUGGUGGGCAUUAUACAUACAUUCUGGAAGCCUUUGGCCCUCUACCUGCUUUUGUAAGAGUGUGGGUGGAACUGCUCAUUAUACGCCCUGCUGCCACAGCAGUGAUUUCCCUGGCAUUUGGACGUUACAUGUUGGAACCAUUUUUUAUCCAGUGUGAAAUCCCAGACCUUGCUAUUAAACUGAUUACAGCUAUGGGAAUAACAAUUGUAAUGGUCCUGAAUAGCAUGAGUGUCAGCUGGAGUGCCCGCAUCCAGAUUUUCCUAACCUUUUGCAAGCUCGUAGCAAUUUUGAUAAUUAUAGUCCCUGGAGUUAUGCAGCUAAUUAAAGGAGAAACUCAGCACUUUAAAGAUGCAUUUGUGGGGAAUGCAGCCAGUGUCAAGGGAUUGCCUCUUGCUUUUUAUUCAGGAAUGUAUGCCUACUCAGGCUGGUUUUACCUCAAUUUUGUUAUUGAAGAAGUAGAGAACCCAGAAAGAAAUGUACCGCUUGCCAUUUGCACAUCAAUGGUUAUUGUCACAGUUGGCUAUGUGUUAACCAACGUGGCCUAUUUUACAACUAUUAGUCCCGAAGAUCUGCUAGCUUCCCAAGCAGUGGCAGUGACUUUUGCUGAACGUUUACUGGGAAGUUUUUCCUUGGCUGUUCCAAUUUUUGUUGCACUCUCUUGCUUCGGAUCUAUGAAUGGUGGGAUCUUUGCUGUCUCCAGGAUGUUCUACGUCGCAUCCCGCGAGGGUCACCUUCCUGAGAUUCUGUCCAUGAUUCAUGUUCGCAAGCACACUCCUUUACCAGCUGUCAUUGUUUUGCACCCCCUGACAAUGAUCAUGCUCUUCUCCAGUGAUCUCUACAGCCUCUUGAACUUCCUCAGUUUUGCCAGGUGGCUUUUUAUAGGCUUGGCAGUUGCUGGGAUGAUUUACCUCCGAUAUAAGCGCCCUGAGAUGCCUCGUCCUUUCAAGGUGCCGCUCUUUAUUCCUGCUCUGUUUUCUUUCACCUGCCUCUUCAUGGUUGCACUAUCACUUUAUGCUGACCCUGUCAAUACUGGCAUUGGCUUUGCAAUUACACUGACUGGCGUCCCUGCCUACUACCUCUUUAUCAUAUGGGACAAGAAGCCAACGUGGUUUAGACGGCUGUUAGAUAAGACAACGUUAACAUUGCAAAUCAUCUUGGAAGUUGUUCCAUCAGAGCGGAGUGCUACAUCGUGAUCUUCUGCAGCUGAAAGUAGCAGAGAGGCCAAGCAACCAGCUUCUUCAUCAGUCAAGGAAAUGUGUGUGUGUUCACCUUCCUAGGCAACAUGGAGAAAUAAUGAACUGUGGAGGGAAUGGUUUUAUAGUGUCAAUAUUUUUAUGUGUGGUUAUCUGGUACUGUGGACUCAGGCCACAUUCUUGAAAGGAGAAGCUAUGGAACCUUUGUGGAACAAAGUGUAUGCUCUCCUUCUAUGAGAAUAGAGUCAAUGUAAUCUGAAAUUCCCUUUAUCAUACAAGGGAAGGGAUCAGUUUUUAACAUUGAUGAUUUGUACUGUAGCGUAAAUGAACAUUUGUUUAAAAAUGUUCAAGAGACAGCUAAAAAAAACCAAGAGAGAUAAUGUCUGUAUUAUGUGUAUUGGGCCUAAAGAAAGAAAGGAGUAAAAAAUGUGAGUGCAAAAUU